CGUUUUUCGUAUUAUAUAUGUACGCAUGCUUGAAAUCACAUGCACGCACAAAAUCGAAACUAUAGUUGAGUUUUCCAGAACUAAGCCUAGGACGACUGUGGUGUGACGUAGUGGCGCCAGCAAGGCUCGAGAGAGAAAGAGGCAAACGGCCAUAUCAGAGUACAUCUUUGCAUAGUCUAGCCACGUUUGGUUAUUGAUAGCGGGCUGAAUACGACUAACGCACCUAUGGAGUCCUUGAAUUACCGAGCUUUUUAGACGACUUUUCCUGCUACUAUUGUAUCUGGUGACUUUCCUACUACUAUUGUAUCUGGUGACUUUCCUGCUACUAUUGUAUCUGGUGGCUUUCCUGCUACUAUUGUAGUCUUUGGUGGCUUGAUAUAGUUCUGUACCCUUGAAUCUUCACACAGUCCUGAUGAGUGUUAAAAGCGAGCACAACAAGACCAAUGUCAUUAUUCAGAAUAGUUUCAGAGCACCUAUGGCCAGCCUAGAAUGUCUGGACGAAAGCACUAUGUCCAGCGAGAGUCCAAUGACCACUCGUCCCCCGAGUCGACAGACUUCUGUCCACUGGGCCACAGGGAUGCGUUAUAGAAACCUUGGAAAGUCUGGCCUGAAAAUUUCCUGCAUUGGCUUAGGUACGUGGGUGAAUUUUGGAACACAGCUUUCUGAAGAGACUGCAGAGGAGAUUUUGACAGCGGCUUACGAAAGUGGAAUCAAUGUUUUUGAUACAGCUGAUCUGUAUGGUGGUGGAAAGGCAGAAAUUAUGCUUGGGAAAAUUCUAAAGAAAAAAGGUUGGAGGCGGUCCACUUACAUCAUCGCAACAAAACUAAUUUGGACUGGAAAAUCAGACAUUGAGAGAGGGCUGUCCAGGAAACAAAUAAUUGAAGGGGUUCAUGCUUCACUAGAAAGGCUACAGUUAAAUUAUGUGGACAUUCUUCUGGUGAACAAGGCUGACUCCAUGUGUCCCAUGGAAGAGAUUGUUCGAGCUUGCACGUACUGCAUUCAUCAAGGGAUGGCACUGUACUGGGGUACAUCGCGAUGGACAGCAAUGGAAGUAAUGGAAGCCUAUACAGUUGCUCGUCAAUUUAACCAGAUUCCUCCUGUCAUGGAAGAGACAGAGUACCAUAUGUUUCAAAGAGAUAAAGUGGAACUCUCUCAUCCGGAACUUUUCCAUAAGAUUGGUGUCGGCACUAUGACUUGGUCUCCUCAGGCUUUUGGGUUGAGUGGAAGAUUUGAUGAAGGGAUUCAUCUAAUUUCGCGAGGAUCUAUUAGGAACUAUUCAGGGACCUCUGACAAAACUGCAUCAGACGAGAAUCGCAGUCCUCGACAUCAGGCUAAAAUUCAUCAACUAUCCUUCCUGGUGGAAAAAUUAGGCUGUACAUUAACACAGUUAUACAUAGCGUGGUGCCUUAAGACUGACUGUGUCCACUGUGUUCUUGUCGGAGCCUCCUCUGUGGGGCAACUAUUUGACCAUCUUCAUGCCUUGCAGGUGUUGCCUCGACUGAACACAAAUGUUGUGAACGAAAUUGAAAGGAUCCUUAGCAAUAAGCCAAUUCGACCGCCAGUAACCAGGUGACUAGGGUUGCCUAGGGAUCCUUGCGGAGGUAAGGGUCUCAGGCAAGACUUGUUGGAGGAGGACAUUCCUGGCGGAGGAGCAGGAGAAAGGGAAAGGAGUAAUUCGGUCGAAGAUCCACAACUCCAUCGUCUGGGGGGUCAUGGGCUGUUAGACGGACUUCUUAAUGCUUGCUCCAUCCAGUAGUUCAGAGUAAUAAUAUAUAAUAACUUUAUAAGCUAGAAAGGAUGAAAGACUUGACUCAACUACGUUGUUCAUAUUGAUACUUUGAAAGAUCGUGGGCGUUACUGACUCUGUAAUGUCUUAUUAUUUUCUAGAUAAUGGUUAAUGUCCGAGUAGCUUUUCAUAUUUCAGGAUUAAGCUAAAAUUAUAUAUUUUGCUUCCAGAGGGUACCAGCGAUAAAAUCACAAAGUCAAGUUAGCCUAAGUACCAGACACUUAUGCAGCCGAAGUUUUGUAAAACAUUUUGACUAAACCUAAAGAGCCUCUUAAGCUUUAUUCGGAUAGAGUAUUUUAUGACCUAACAAACAUAUUGUUCCAUCUUUUAUUCAAACUGAAGAGAUUGUUUGUUUUUCCUGUGUCACGUGGCUUAAGACGUGGUUUGUUUUUUUUCCUGAUGGUAACAAAUCAUUGGGAUGGUUUUCUUUUCAUCUGCUGGUUAGAAAUAGAACCAAAGGUUAGCUCUUUUUCAAUACCAAGUUUGUCUUUCAGUAACAAAAUGUUGUCUUGUAGAACGAAUAUCUUAGAAAAGUCUCUUAAUCUAUUUCUAAUUCUUCUUGAACUGUUAUUCAGUAGCUGUUUAAACAGAUACCAGAGUUUUCAAAUUGAGAUUUUUGCAAAUUCCUUAAGGCUACGUACUUCAAUAAGACAUUGUAUGUUAUCAAAUAGAAAGUAGCGUUUUAACUGCAAUACUUUAAGUGAAUUCUCGACCACAGAAACAAAGCACUUGUUUAGAAGAGAAAUCACAAUCAUGUAAAGAUUAGUGAACAGAAAACGUAUUAACUUAAAAUACAGAUAAAAUAUUUAACUUCAUCAACUGCAUGAAAGUAAAUCUUACCCACAGCGACAUUCAAUCAUUAUUCUUAGCGAAGGUAGUGCUUUUACAUACUAAUUCCACUUUCAAGCUAUAAGAAAAGUUGAAUAAGAAUAUCAGAAAGUAACCCAACUAAAGCCAGCCUUGAAAAUCAUGUAUAACAUUUUCAACUAAAGCACUCAUUAGAGGUAGUAGGAAUUGCAGUUCACGUUAGCAUGUUUAAAUGACGAAUUUCAUAUUUUACCCUUCUAGUGUAUUCUAACAAACAAUUAGAUAAUGGUCUUAAUUAUGUAGCUAGCCACUUAUAAGAUAUUGGAAGUGUCGAAACCAGUGCGGUCAUGUAGAUAUUAAAAGUUUUUAUUACUUAUAUAAAGAACAAACUGUGGAGUCUCAGAAAAGCGUAGGCCUUCAGUUUUCAGGUCUCUCUGAGAUGUUACAUAAACCUUGGGUUAAAAUAAUACUAAUACAUCGCAUUUUAUUCUCUAUAGUACUUAAUCUUGUUUGGAAUACUUCCAUUGCUGUCUUGGAGUUUAUCGUAGUUUUGUUAAAACGAUAAAGUCAAGUUUCAUUACUUCUCUAUUAAUGUAGGGUUGAGCCCCAUUUCUUUUCUACUGAAGUAAUACAACACAAUUUUGUCUAAACUUUAGAAUUAAAUUAUAAGCUUAAAUGUAAUUAAUACUAUUUUCACCUCUGAUACUGGUUCUCGUGAGAACCGUGGAAACUGCUUUAACCAGACCAGUUCUUAAGAAACAUUUCAUGGGUUCUCUUGUUAAACAAGCAAUCUGGUGGUUACUAGCAGACCAGCUCUUCAAAAUGAUUUUUAGGUUUUUGGAGAAACACACAACUUGAUUGACACCAGACCAGUUCUUACAAAUCACUGUAUAGGCAUUUACAAGAGCCAUGAAACCUGACUGUUACAAGAAAAAUUCUUAAGAAGUGCUAUACAAUCUCUCACGAAUACCCUACAAUCUAGUUUAAGAAAAACCACAGACAAGAUUUCGAAAAUCGCUAUAUAGGUUUCAGAACAAUUAUAGAUUGCUACUAGACCAGCUUUUGAGAAUAUUUGUAUAGGAUUUCAGAAAAAUUACGGACUCUACUAGAACAGUUCUUGAGAAUAACUAUAUAGGUUUUCAGAAUAACUGUGGACUGUCACUAGACUAGCUCUUGAGAAUAGCUAUCCAAAUUUUCAAAAGAACUGUGGACAGCUACAAGACCAGUUCUUGAGGAUCGUUGUAUAGGUUUUCAGAAGAACUAUGGACAGCUACUAGACCAGUUCUUGAGAAUCGUUGUAUAGGUUUUCAGAAGAACUAUGGACAGCUACUAGACCAGUUCUAGAGGAUCGUUGUAUAGGUUUUCAGAAGAACUAUGGACAGCUACAAGACCAGUUCUUGAGAAUCGUUGUAUAGGUUUUCAGAAGAACUAUGGACAGCUACUAGACCAGUUCUUGAGGAUCGUUGUAUAGGUUUUCAGAAAAAUUAAGGAUUGAUACCACACCAGCUCUUGAGAAUCGUUGUUUACGGUGUCAAAAAAAACAAAAACAGCGGAUUGCUAUUAGACCAGUUCUUGACAAUAACUAUAGAGACUUUCAGAAGGACUACAGACUUUACUAUACAAACUCUCUCGAGAAUAGCUAUACAAGUUUUCAGAAGAAGUAGGGACUGCCACUAGCCCAGCUAUUGAGCAUCGCUGUAUAGGUUUUCAGAAUAACUACGAAAUGUGAAAAGAUCAGCUCCUGAGUUUCGCUGUAUAGGUUUUCAAAAUAACUAUGGACUGCUAAAAGACCAGCUCUUGAGAAUCAAUGUAUAAGUUUCAAAGGAGUAAGGAAUGUUACAAGGCAAGCUUAUGAGAAUUGUUGUAUAGGUUUUCAGAAGAACUACGGACUGCUAAAAGACCAGCUCCUGAGAUUCGCUGUAUAGGUUUUCAGAUUAACUACGGACUACUAAAAGACCAGAUUCUGAGAUUCGCUGUAUAGGUUUUCAGAUUAACUACGGACUACUAAAAGACUAGCUCCUGAGAUUCGCUGCAUAGGUUUUCAAAAUAACUGUGGACUGCCAAAAGACCAGCUCCUGAGAUUCGCUGUAUAUGUUUUCAGAAUAACUACGAACUGCUAAAAGACCAGCUCCUGAGAUUCGCCGUUUAGGUUUUCAAAAUAACUAUGGACUGCUAAACGACCAGCUCUUGAGAAUCAAUGUAUAUGUUUCAAAGGACUAAGGACUGCUACAAGAUUAGCUUUUGAAAAUCGUUGUAUAGGUUUUCAGAAGAACUACGGACUGCUACUAGACCAACAAUGUAGAAUCGUUGUAUAUGUUUUCAAUAGAACCACGGCGCCAGGCCGUUACCAAACAAUUUUUGGUGAAAAUAUUAUGCAUUUUCGGAAGAAUCGUGGAACCUAGCUAUUACUGAGUAAAUUAGUUUAAAAAUCGGUUCUUGACAAUAACUAUAGAGACUUUCAGAAGGAUUACAGGCUCUAAUAUAAAAGCUCUCUCGAGAAUAGCUAUAUAAGUUUUCAGAAGAAGUAGGACUGCCACUAGUCCAGCUCUUGAGCAUCGCUGUAUAGGUUUUCAAAAGAACUAUGGACUGCUAAAAGACCACCUCCUGAGAUUCGCUAUAUAGAUUUUCAGAAUAACUACGGCCUACUAAAAGACCAGCUCCUGAGAUUCGCUGUAUAGGUUUUCAAAAUAACUGUGGACUGCCAAAAGACCAGCUCCUGAGAUUCGCUGUAUAGGUUUUCAAAAUAACUGUGGACUGCCAAAAGACCAGCUCCUGAGAUUCGCUGUAUAGGUUUUCAAAAUAACUAUGGACUGCUUAAAGACCUGCUCUUGAGAAUCAAUGUAUAGGUUUCAAAGGACUAAGGACUACUAAAAGACCAUCUCCCGAGAUUCACUCUAUAGGUUUUUCAGAAUAACUACGAACUGCUGAAAGACCAGCUCCUGAGAUUCAUUCUAUAGGUUUUCAGAAUAACUACGAGCUGCUAAAAGACCAGCUCUUGAGAAUCAAUGUAUAGGUUUCAUAGGACUAAGGACUGCUACAAGACUAGCUCUUGUAAAUCAAUGUAUAGGUUUCAAAGGACUAAGGACUGCUACAAGACUAGCUUUUGAGAAUUGUUGUAUAGGUUUUCAGAAGACUGCUACUAGACCAACAAUGUAGAAUCGUUGCAUAUGUUUUCAAUAGAACCACGGCGCCAGGCCGUUACCAAACAAUUUUUGGUGGAAAUAUUAUGCAUUUUCGGAAGAAUUGGGAACCUAGCUAUUACUGAGUAAAUUAGUUUGAAAACCAACCUAAAUAAGUUCAUAAGAAAUAGAGCUUAUGAAUCAAAUUCCCUUUGAACCUGAUUGUUAUCAAGCAAGUCUUAUCAAUUACAUUGUACGUUUUUCAAGAAGACGAUGCUAUCUGUUUGUUACAUCGUUAGUUAUUACAAAUAGUGCUUAGGUUCUCAGGAGAACCAAGAAACCCAAAUCUUACCAAAUUUUUCUAUGAUCUACUAUAUGGAGUUUUAGAAUCACCACUUUGUUGGUAUACCAAUUGUGUAAGGAGUAGAGAGUAUAUAUAUGCAGGAUCGCCCAGAAUUAUCUGCUUCUUAUUUUUAUUUUAUUUUUAUUCAUUUCUAAUACAGUACUCUAUUGCGACUAAGAUAAUAAAAAUGGCCAAAAAGCAAAUAUCCGUUGCGUUAAAGUAAUGGAGGCAAGUUACAAAUAUUUUGAGCCUCAAUAACAUAAAAUUUGUACAUCGUCCUGAGCAUCGGUGGUUGGCUGUCCAUUGUGUAUUAAAGAUGGAAUAUUUUAGUUUACAUAUCUGUUGCCUUAGGCUUAGCUGUGGAAAGACAGAUUUGAGACGUCUUGUAUGUUUAUGUUUUACAUAAAAUAUCCGUUGCAGAUACAUGUUUUUUUAGCGUGGAUGAUAACGUUAUUCUAAUUAUUUUGCCAACAUCUCAAAUAAAAAUUAAGUACUAUAAAUGUACUGAGAAGAACUUUUAAGUUAGUUAAGACAAUUUGUAAUUAAAGGUAAAAAAUAACGUUUAACGAAGCAAUCACAUAGAUGUUUCUAGAAUGUAUUUUUACAAGUAAUAUUGCACUAUUUGUUUAAAAGACAAUCAGCACAUAUUUGUCUUCUGUGUUACAAUUACUGAUAAGAUGUUGCUGUUAUUUAUAGGGUAAUACUAUUAUUGACAAGUUGAUACUGUGAUUGGUAGGCUGAUAGUAAUAUUGUUAGGAAGUUGAUAUUGUUGCAACGAUAAUGAUGUUAUUGGAAGCGAUAUUAACAUUCGCAGGAUAAAUGGUAACACUGUCAUUGGUAGGUUAAUGAUGUUAUAGAAAGAUGAUGAAGCAGGAAUACUGUUGGAAGAAAUGUUACUGUUGGAAAGAUAAUAUGUAUACUAUAUAGCCAAGUGUGUUUAUUUUUAUUGUUAUAAUAUGCAAUUUAAACCAAGCCAAAAAAGCUUCGCAUUAGUAUGUUAUGUAGUAAUUUUUUAUUCCUUUCUAGACUUGUAAUGUUCUUCUUUUCGCAUCAUUUAGAUAUAGACGUUAUGAUUAACGCUUGAACUUAGCUUCAGAAGAUUAUAUAAACUCCUUUGUUGUUAUUUCAAUCACCAUUUAGUCAAAUAAGGAGACUUAUUAACAACCUAUGACUGGAAUGAUGAAUUAUAAGAUAUGAUAUUAUGGACAUGCACACAAUAAAUAUUAUGCAGUCUUGUUGUAUUGUGAAAUUUUAAACAAAAUAAGCAAAAAAAAGCUUUUUUGGUUACUUUAACUCGACAUAUUCGUAAUGAAAUUUGUAAUGCCCACUUUGAGUUCAGUUUUAAAUACAGAAUUAGUAAUGUCACGUGAGCAAGAUGCAGCAUUGUUGAAAGUCACGUGAAGAACAUGUAGCAUUAUUGAGGAAAUGAACGUAAACAAGAAGUGGUAUUGUUUAAAGUAACAUAAUAUGAACAUGUUGACUCAUAUGACGGAAGUCUUAGUUUCAAUAUAAAUGAAAAAAAACACGAAAAUAAAGUAAACCAUACUUACGUAUUCAUCUUUCGUACAAAGACCAUCACCAGGUAUAAAAUGGCGGUUCUUUAAUUCAACUACGUUUAUACAGCAAAAGAACGUUCUAAUCGCGGGAAAUAACGAGAUGAGCGUGCAGUGUUAUAAUAUGCUGUUAUAUGUGCUAUGAAAUGUAUAGAUUUUUUGAUACAGUUAUACUAAUCUGUUUUUAGUGAAUGACAGUUUCAUUAGUUUAAAUAUUUCCAUACUUUUAUUCACCUCUAUAUAGUUGCUAAGCGUAUAAGAAUAGUGUAUGCGUUGUAAGGUCGAAGCGUUGUAAGAUGAAUACAUAUUAAAAUAUGUUUUGCAUUAUUUUCAUUGUUAUGUUUUUCAUUUGCUUUAUAAAAAAUUAUGGUAUUAUCGAAAAGUAAAUGGUGUGAAAAAAAUGUUUUUUCGAUAGCCACGUGUUGUUUUUAUAAGCCUACUCUGUAAGAAGUUUGAGUUUCUAGCUUAUUGCAAGUUCAGGGAUAUGUUACUAGUUACAAUAUAUUAAACAUUUAGUGCAUGGAAAAUAAGUAAAGAGAACACAAAUAAAACGAUAAGAACAUAUUCUAGAUAAUCCCUUGGGAAAUAAUCGCAUCGACUGUAAUUAGAUGUUCGUCGUUCUAUCUGUCAACCAACCAUAUCUAAGGAGAAAAAAAGCGGGAAUAAAGGCAUUCGUGUUUUUUCUGUUGUUUCAUACUAUGCGAUGUCAAAUGCUUUUUUGCUCAAUUGGAUCUGAUCAAGUGCCUUUAUAAUUUUAUUAUUGAAAGAUAUCUAACAUGUUUUGCAUCUUUUGUUAAAUAGUAUGUUUUUAAUCAUCUGAGUAAUUUAACAAAGAAUGCAUUGCAUCUUACGAUAUAAAUGUCGCCAUUGUAUAUAUUGACAAGAAACCUGUUUUCAUUUCUUCUUCUUUGUAUCACUGACUUAAAAUUCCCCCUCGUGAACUAAGAGAGUUUAAUAUUUAAUGUUUUCCGGGUCCUGAAACGCAUUUGACUUAAAUUUCGUCAUAGUGAGAAGUGGUGUAAACGUUUCUGUAUAAUGGCAGUUUGUUAUUAUCCACAGCUUCUUAUAGAAACACACAUGCAAAACUUUACCAACCGUCCAUAGUUGGCCUAUAACGAAUAAAUAUUAUUGUGACAACUGGUCUGUGGUUAAAUUCUUGUGGAGUGAAUAGUAUACGAUAAAAUCAAAGCCAGUCAUAAUUAUUUUAAAAUUUAUUUGUUAUAAUAACUUAAUGUAAGACCUAUGAUUUUGCGUGCAGCGGCUUCAUGACAACACAACUGUUUAUUUCCCAGUGUUAACACGUUUACUGCCACUUAAUAAAUUAAGUAUACAUAAAAUCAAACAUUGAAGAGGUGCCAAGAAACAGUCACAGUGUCCCAAACUCAUAUGGCACAAGAGAAAUUUGGCUUUGAAACUUAAUUGUAUAUAACCUAACAGUGUGUCACGCGGUCCAUAUCUAAAAGUCGUGUUGUGACCCACUGGUGGGGCAUACGGCAGCGAACGUGUUAAAUGAAACAUUUGUGUUAGCUGACAGCAGUUUCAUUGCAACAUCAUCCACGUUUCUCUCUAUCUUUUAAAUGCAACUGACAACUGUUGCCAUGUUGGAUUUGAACGCAGCACAAGCGAAUUGGAUACAACUUCUGAGCUAAAAUGCAUUUUAAGAAUGUGUGUAAGGUUGAUAAUUCUUGAAUUUCUUUAUUUUUAAAAGUGUUUGCCUUUAACCGAAUAUUAUGUGUCAUUUUACACAAGUUUUUUUUAUAUAUAUAUUUUAAUGAUGUACUCAUAUUCAUAAGUUCAGGUCAACAUUUGUUUGGAGUUCAACACAUGAGUGUGUGAAAAAUAAUCUUAUGAAAUUUAGCAACGACGUAGAAGGUACUUAUUAUUUCUUAAAUACUCUUUAGCAACUGAUAAAUUAUAAUGAUGUAUUGUAUAGUAUUAUCAAAAUUGUCACAAAUCUCUUUAUGAAGUUUUAGAUCUAUGUCUUCUUAGAACAUUAUUAUUUCUGCAUUAUAUUACAGAAAUAUCGACAGGAACCAUGUUAGGGUUAGAAACUCUAUCAAAUAUGGUUAUUUUCAAAAAUGAUUGAUUUGAUGCGUUUUAAAGUAAGCUUAUGAAAUGAACAAAAGUUAUAAUAAGUUGUUUUAGUCUCGUAAAGCGUACUUAUUAGGUACUUAACUAAUGAUAUGUUCUUCUGUAACAUUGGAAAAAAAUUACGCUAUUAGUGUCUACUUUUUUGCCAUAUUUUUUAUUGGAAGAAUUCCGCUAACGUAUUCCACAGCUAAGUGAUCUGAUGUGUACACGUUCUGAAGUACGUAAAAUGAACUGUGGUUUGGUGUAUAUUGUUUUUAAUACACUCUUCGCUGCUUGUACAGAUUGUAUCCUAUAAAUAACAUUUUCAUCUCAUCA